CACCCCUCGGCAGCUGAGCAGAGCCAUGGCUCCCAAGAAAGCCAAGAAGAGGAUUGAAGGUGCAAAUUCCAACGUCUUCUCCAUGUUCGAGCAGGCCCAGAUCCAGGAAUUCAAAGAGGCAUUCACCAUCAUGGAUCAGAACCGGGAUGGCUUCAUCGACAAGGCAGAUCUGAGAGACACCUUUGCUGCCCUCGGGCGCCUGAACGUGAAAAACGAGGAGAUYGACGAGAUGAUAAAGGAGGCACCGGGCCCCAUCAACUUCACCGUGUUCCUCACCAUGUUUGGGGAGAAGCUCAAGGGYGCUGACCCGGAGGAGACGAUCCUGAAUGCGUUCAAGGUGUUUGACCCCGAGGGGAAAGGCCUGAAAUCUGCCUACAUCAAAGAAAUGCUGAUGACACAGGGAGAGAGGUUUUCCCAGGAAGAGAUCGAUCAGAUGUUCGCUGCCUUCCCUCCGGACAUGUCGGGCAAUCUGGACUACAAGAACCUGGUCCAUGUCAUCACUCACGGCGAAGAGAAGGACUAGGGCUGGCUCAGGGCUGGGGCUGGCACUGCAAAAUCACCUCUGCCCAGGUCACASGGGGGUUUCCCUUUCCUCUUCCCCCGGAGAGGCACGGGAAUGGGGAUUUGGCACGGGAAUGGCAUCCACAUUAAACUGCCCUUUGGCAAGA